AUUAAUAGUGGGUCGGGUGGUGCGAAAGGAAAGGAAGGGAAAGGAAAGGUGUGAGGAUGGAGCUAACAUCAGAGGAGCUGCGACAAUACAACGGCACAGACCCGUCGAAGCCCAUAUAUGUGGCACUCAAGGGCCGCAUCUUCGACGUCACCAACGGCAAGUCGUUUUACGGUCCUGGAGGUCCCUACGCCAUGUUUGCCGGCAAGGACGCCAGCCGAGCUCUGGCCAAGAUGACCAAGAACGAAGAAGACAUCACCACCGACCUCCAAGGUCUCUCUGACAAGGAGAUCGGCGUCCUCACCGACUGGGAGAACAAGUUCGAAGCUAAGUACCCCGUUGUUGGCCGUGUUGUUUCUUGAAUUUCAUAUAUUCCCCUUUUUCUAAUUUCAAUCCAAAUAAGGGCCUUUUGCUUCCGGUUCAAACUAUAUUUAUAUGAUUUCUAAGUGCGUGGAUUAGAAAUAUGGAUCCCCUUUUUGUAUGUGGCUUGAAUUGUCUAUUCAAUACUCCUUAUGUUGUA